GAGACAGUUGGGUGAGGAGGAGGACGAGCUGUCCGAGGUAGAGCCGGACGCAGUGCCUCAGGAGGUGCGGGAGUGGUUGGCCUCAACCUUCACCCGUCAGCUCUCCAGCUCCCGAAGGAAGAACGACGAGAAACCCAGGUUCAGGUCUGUGGCCAAUGCUAUCCGCGCCGGCAUCUUCGUUGAGAGGAUCUACCGCCGUCUCUCCUCAGCUACCUUCCUUCAGCUGCCGCCUGAGGUCACCAGAAUCCUCAAGAGUGUGGAUGAUUGGAGCUUCGAUGUGUGGAGGCUGCAGGAGGCGAGCAACAAUACUCCCCUCCGCUGCCUGGCAUACGAGUUAUUGAACCGCUAUGGCCUUUUACACAAAUUCAAGAUGCCUCCGGCCACCCUGGAGACGUUCUUGACGCAAGUGGAGAGCGGAUACUGCAAGUACAAGAACCCUUACCACAACAACAUCCACGCUGCUGAUGUUCUCCAAACCAUGCACUACAUGCUCUCCCAGACGGGUCUCAUGAACUGGCUGAACGAUGUGGAGAUCCUGGCGACGUUAAUGGCAGCACUCAUCCAUGACUAUGAACAUACUGGCACCACCAACAACUUCCACGUCAUGUCUGGCUCCGAGACAGCCAUUCUUUAUAACGAUCGUGCAGUUCUUGAGAAUCAUCACAUCUGUGCUGCCUUCAGAUUACUGCGUGCGGAGGAGCAUAACGUGCUGGUUAACUUGUCUCGGGAGGAAUACCGAGAGUUUCGCAGCCUGGUCAUCGAAAUGGUCUUGGCCACCGACAUGUCGUCACACUUCCAACAAAUCAAGGCCAUGAAGACAAUGCUUGCACUGCAGGACUCGAGGUAUGCUGCGUGUUACUUAAGAAACCUGAAGGGGAUGGAUGCUGCAGCCACAGGGAGUCUCAAGAGAUCCGCAAAUAUGAAGACCUUCACCCUUCUUAUAGCUUCAUACCAACAGGGUGCAGAUGACCCUUGGUGCAAGGGCAAGUGUGCUAUAAUGUUCACUCAAAGAGCUGGGGUGAAAAAGCUCAUCCUUUGA